AAACCCUACUCCCGCAAGUAAAUGCAUGCGGAGUUUCGUUAACAGUGAACAUGGUUUUUGACGUUUAUGAGGGUAGUUGGUUGCCGACCCUCUGCUCUGCCUCUCUCUCUCUCUCUCUCUCUCCAAUUCUUUGUUUUUCUCACUCAUCGAUUGACUAGUCAACAAGAGCGUCCUCCCUUUCUCUCUCCCUUCUCUAGAUUUCUCGGUGGCUCCAAAGUAAACCAUGGAAACGGUUAUCCAAGUACAUUGGUAGCAGACAAGUGUCCAUAAUCCAUAAAGCCCACAUUUUAAGCCAAUGUCAAAUUUCUCGGCCUUUUGACCUUAAAAAACCAGAUUCCCCACCCUCUGGGCAACUGCCCUCCCUCUGUAAGUAAAUAAAACAGCUCCCACAACAAUCAUCUUUCUCCUUCUCCUCGUCCCCUUGUUUCUCCUCCUCGAUCAUCGUCAUCAUCUUCUUCUGCCUGUUGGUUCCGUGCUUUCUUUUCUUUAUCUUUUUGCUUUUGUGGGAGCUGUUUUAGGGCUUGAUGUCUAAGAAGAUGUCUGAUAAGGAAGGCUCGGAUGGGUCUGAGACUGGUUCGGAGGAGAGGUCGGUGGGUUACUCAGGAUGGGUCUACCAUCUUGGUGUCAAUUCAAUUGGCCGCGAAUAUUGUCAUCUUAGGUAUCUGGUUCUUCGCGGUCAAUAUGUUCAGAUGUACAAGCGCGAUCCCAUUGAGAAUCGCGGUUUGAAACCCAUCCGGAAAGGUGUUGUGGGACCAUCUCUUAUGGUGGAAGAACGAGGUCGUAAGAAAAUCAAUCAUGGGGAUGUUUAUGUGCUGAGGUUUUGCACUCCACUGGAUGAUACAAAGAAAGGAGAAAUUGCUUGUGCUAGUGCUGGAGAUGCAAGGAAGUGGAUGGAGGCAUUUGAGCAGGCCAAGCAACAGGCUGAGCAUGCGCUUUUGAGGGGAGGUAGCCGGCAUAUAAACAAUGAAAAUGAGCUCAAUCUUGAAGGCCAUCGUCGUCAUGUCCGAAGAUAUGCAUUUGGCCUGAGGAAGCUCAUAAGUAUUGGAAAAGGUCCGGAGAAACUUCUGCGCCAGGCCUCAAAUUUAGGAAGUGAUAUUAGGUCUGAUAGAUAUAUUGGAGGGGAUGUUGGGGAUGCUGUUGAGCCGCAUCAAUGGAAAUGCGUUCAAGCUGUUAAUGGCAUAAGAAUAUUUGAGGAUGUUGCAGAGACAAAGAAGGGAAAAGGGGUUCUUGUGAAGUCUGUCGGUGUAGUUGAUGCUAGCUUGGAUACAGUUUUUGAAGUGGUUGUUAGUCUUGACAAACGCCAGAGAUAUGAGUGGGAUAUGUUGACUGCUGACUUAGAAAUCUUAGACUCAUCAAAUGGGCAUUACGAUAUUGUUUAUGGGACAUUUGAUCCGAAGUAUUUAUCAUGGUGGCAUUCCAAAAGGGAUUUUGUGUUCUCUAGGCAGUGGUUUCAUUGCCAGGAUGGCUCUUACAUUAUUUUACAGUCUCCAGUUGUGCAUAAGAAGCAGCCUCCAAAAUCUGGCUACCGACGUACAAAACUUAAUCCAUCUAUUUGGGAGAUUAGAAGGUUAGACCCAUCAACUACCAAAAAUGCAAGAUGUAUUGUGACACAAAUGAUGGAGAUACACUCCAGUGGUUGGGGAAGUUGGAAGAAGCAUCACUUUUCAAAAUUCGAGAAAACCAUUCCUUAUGCUCUAUUGUGUCAGGUAGCAGGUCUAAGAGAAUACUUUGGAGCCAACCCUACUCUUGCAAAUGACUCUCCAACAGUUGUUCGGAAAACUUUCUCCGAUACAUCUGAUAUAAGUGUUGAUUUUGAGGAUGCUGAGUCCAAAGAUGAAUUUUAUGAUGCAAUUUCUGCUGACGUAUUACUUGAAAACGAAGAUAGCGAUGAUGAUGAUGAUGAUGAUGAUGAUGAAGUAGAUAUAACCAAGGAGGGAAAAAUAAAGUUGAAGAAUGUUUCAUGGGCCCUUACAAGCUUGGCUUUGAAGAGCAAAGCAGUUAGUGAUGCGACUAAUCAAUUGGACAUUCAUUCAAACCCAAUCAGUAUCGAUGCAAGUCAAUUUCAUGGCUCUCUACAUCAAGGAAAAGAUCAGACAGACUCAAAUUGUUGGACUGAACCUGGUGGUGAAGGAUUUAUGAUAAGGGGGAAAACAUACUUAACAGAUUUCUCCAAGGUUCCAGGAGGAGAUCCUGUUUUGAAGCUCUUAGCAGUUGAUUGGUUCAUGGCUGAUAGUAAUGUUGAGAAGGUAGCUCUACAUCCCAAAUGCCUUGUUCAGUCCAAUGCAGGAAAGAAGCUCCCCUUUAUCUUUGUUGUAAAUCUAGAGGUUCCUGCAACACCAAAUUACAGUUUGGUGCUCUACUAUGGAGCUGACCGGCCUCUCAAGACAGGAUCCUUAUUGCAUAAAUUUGUAGAAGGAAGUGAUGUGUAUCGCAACGCGAGAUUUAAGCUUAUUCCGAGAAUUAUAGAGGGCUAUUGGAUGGUUAAACGUGCAGUUGGAACAAAGGCUUGCCUCUUAGGGAAAGCAGUUACUUGCAAGUUCUUAAGACAAGAUAAUUAUUUGGAGAUAGAUGUGGAUAUUGGUUCUUCAUCUGUUGCUAGGAGCAUCAUUGGUUUGGUCCUUGGAUACAUUACAAGCUUAGUUGUGGAUCUUGCCAUUUUAAUUGAGGCCAAGGAAGAGAAGGAGCUACCAGAACAUAUACUUGGAACAGUUAGACUGAAUCGUGUCAAACUUGAUUCAGCUGUGCAAAUAUGAGGUUCAUUCAUACCCUGGCUAUUCAUCCCAUGACAACAUGUCUUAUUAUAUUAGAUUCUUGAAUAUUUCCCAUGAUUUUCUCAAAGAAAAAAAAUGAUUCUGUGCAACAAUAAAUAUUUCUUAUAAUUUAAUAUUUUAACUUUUAUUCAUUGGAAUAUUUUGUCAAAAUGACAAAUAAGUGUAUGUGCUCAUGCUAUAGAUAUUCGAAUGCAUUGUUCUGUAAGACCGCUCAUAUGUGGUCAUUUCAUUUAAUUACUUUUUAUACUUAACAUCUUUUUUCAAACAUAACAAUGAUGGUCCUCGAAUCAGUUUCUUU